AGGUAAUGUUGUUUCAUUCAAGGUAACCAACCCCUCACCUGCUCACUCCUCAGUUCCCAUCUUCCCACCAUCUGGGUGUGAGCUGACAUAUAAAAAGGAAGAAAAGCCCAUAACAAUAACCUUCGUCCACGACUUCCUCAUAUCAACAACUCAGCUAAGCUUCUGCCGCGACCAUGCCUUUCAUUCGCCCCUUUGAGCCAAGAGAUACUGAGGCUUGCAUGCACAUUUGCCGCGCAACCCUCCCUCCAACCCUCGCCGCCGACCCCGUCGCCGCCCGCAUGUCCCCUUACAUCUGGUGUCUCCAAUUCACCCACCUCUCCCCACAAACCUGCUUCGUCCUCGUCGACGACACCUCCUCCUCCAGUUCCCCCCCAGAAGACGAAAAAGUAGUAGGCUACGUAAUCGGCACCCCAGACGUGCACUUCUUCGCCUCCUCAUCAUACCCCCGCUACAUCCAGGACGUGCUUCAAUCCCCACAAGGCCUGAUCGACGUUCCACCUCCCAAACAACUCGACCAUUUAGAGUCAUGGCUACUCGUUGUCGAGACCGAUUCUUCGGAGUCUGGGGAGAAGAAGAAGAAGAAGAAAGAGGUGCUUAAAAAAGUGAAUACAGAAUCGCUGGCUCAACACGCUUGUAACCCUCGGUGGUUAGUGUUGGAAGGACCGGAGGGGGGGCCGGCCGAAGAGAGGAAAAGAGAGUUGGUGGAAGGGUGGAGGGCCAUGUUGCAUAUUGAUUUGUUGGAGGGGUGGCAGGGGAGGGGGUGGGGGAGGAGGAUGAUUGAACGGUUUGUGGAGGGGGUGAGGGAAGUUGUGAGCAGCAGUGGAGGGAAAUUGGACUAUGGAAGGGGGGUGUAUUUGGGCGUGGCGGGGGAGAAUACGAAGGUGGUGAAGUUUUAUGAAAAGGUGGGUUUUAGGGUUUUUGAGGGCGGGGAAGUGGAGGGGAGUGUUUGGAUGGUUAGGGAUUUGUGAAAGUUGAUGAGUUGCUCGGGGCGAGUGAAGAGGAUGCAAAGGACAGGGUGAGGGCAUCACGGUAUUGUUUCAAGGGAAUGAGGAGGAUGUGAUCAAGACAUUUUUGGCUUCUAUCGGAUACUGUACUAAUACGCUCUCCAUCAAAUGCAAAUAUUGAGGUUCCUACUG